CAUGUAUGCAUGUAACAAUUGUACAUGCUCAGGUCUUUACGCAUUUCUCUACAAUUGUUAAUUGAAUUUUUUAAUCAUAAUUUACAUUAUUAUCUUAUCUGUGAUUAUUAUUAUUGUUUUUGUUGUCAUCAAUACAAAUGUUGAUUGAAUUUUAUGCAUUGAUGUGUCAAUGAAUUGAAUAAUUGUUUGACAGUUUUGCUCCACAUUAGUCAUUUAUCCCCGAAAAAACAAAACUUUACUCUUUAGUGAGGCUGCGAGGAUUGAAUUUUCCACUUUGUUUGGGAACUUAGGAGAGAAAACAAAAAGAAAUGAUUAUGUAAUUUAGGAGAGAAAAGGAAAGGAAAGGAAAUGAAAAUUUCUCCUUUCUUUCUUUUCUCUUCUAUCUUUUACCCGCUAAAGCAUGAAAGAGGUAAAAUCAAAGAUUAUGUAGCAUUAAUGAACAUUCAAUGGCUUAUGCCAAAAUGACAAACUCAUACUGAUUUUGUAAAUCUCGAGAUAUGCGGGGAGCUAAAGGAUGCUUAGAUACAAGAAUACCGAAUACAACAUGCUUUGGAAGAGGUUGAGAAGAACUUUGUGACAAUGAGACUUAUGCUUUGUGGAGAUGGGGAGGUUGAACCAAACAUGGAUCAGGUUUCACAGCUGACGCUUGAAAUCUGUAAAGAAGAUGUUAUUGCUCUUUUCAUUCACAAGUUACCUAUACUGGGAUGGGAAGCAAGAAAAGAUUUAGUUCACUGUUGGUCCAUAUUGUUGAAGCAACAGGUUGACUCUGUUUGUUGCUGUGUGCUAUACUUAGAGAAACAUUUAGAGUUAUUAGACUUUCUCGUUGCAUGCUAUGAUAACAAGGAAAUUGCCUUGAAUUGUGGAAAUGUGUUAAGGGAAUGCAUCAAACUCCCGACUUUUGCAAAAUAUAUAUUGGAGUCUCCAAGCUUUGAGUUGUUCUUCAAAUAUGUGGAGCUGCCUAACUUUGAUAUUGCUUCUGAUGCUUUUUCUACCUUUAAGGAUCUCCUUACCAAACAUGAAACUGCAGUCUCUGAAUUCUUGACUGCUCAUUAUGAUGAGUUCUUCGAGCAAUAUGAGAAGCUCUUGGCAUCCUCUAACUAUGUGACUAGAAGACAAUCUUUGAAGCUUCUCUCGGAAUUUCUUUUGGAGCUUCCAAAUUCUCAUAUUAUGAAGCGCUACAUUGUUGAAGUUCGAUUCUUAAAAGUCAUGAUGACAUUGCUGAAGGAUUCAAGCAAAAACAUUCAGAUCUCUGCUUUCCACAUUUUUAAGAUUUUUGUGGCCAACCCUAACAAGCCUCGAGAAAUAAAAGUCAUCCUGGCUAAAAAUCAUGAAAGAUUGCUGGCCUUGCUUCACAAUCUCUCUCCUGGAAAAGGUGCUGAUGACGAUGAAUUUGAAGAGGAAAAGGAACUGAUCAUCAAGGAAAUUGAAAGAGUUUCUCGGAUGCCAAACCUUGAAUGAGAGGUACUUCCCAUAGUCAUUGAUUUCUGUUUGUACUGCAUUACUUGAAUUUGUGCUGGGAUGGACAAUCCAUUGAAUGAUUUUCAUUUGUGAAAGAAAAUUGGAAAAGAAAGUGAGAGAAAGUUACGUGUUGGGGGAAUUCAAAAACUUAUCAUACCAAAUUUGUAAUCAUUGAAAAUACAAAGCCCCCAUUUGAAGGGAAAGAAAAAGCAUAACUUCUUGUUUCAGUGGUUGAAACCACUUUUUAGUAAUGGUGAGUUUGAUAUAUCUUUGAUUUC